GCCGCCGCGCCGGGCCGCGAGUUCACUGGUGUACAGGCCGGCAGGCCAGGCCGGCGUCGUCACUCGCCUUCCAUCCGCCGCCCCGGGACCGCCUCGCCGCCGCCGCGGGUCCCGCAGUCGUCGCGGCGCGUCGCGUCGUCGCGUUUUGACGGAUUCGCGCGAGUGUGGUUCGUGUGGUGUGUGUGAGUGGCAGUUGUCAAACGCGCCGCCGUGUGGGCGUUGUCACGGCCUCGUUGUGCGCGAUGAAAAGAAGCCGCGAGUGAUGUGAUGUGAUGUGUGAGAGGCUGUUUGUGAGAUGAGCUGUGCGCUUGAUGUGUUGUGUCCCGUGCAGUGAAGGCAUUUGUGUCAAGUGAUCAGAAAGUGUCUUAAGUGUUGUUUAACCAAGGAUACGUCAACGCACAUUGGAUAGCUUGGAUAAUCUGGAAAAGGAUGGACCGGUCGGUGCCGCCCUGAGGGCCUCGCCCCGAGGCCCCGCCGCCGAGGCCCUGCCCGUGGCCAUGGUAGUGGCCGGCGCUUCCGCCAUGGGCCCCCUGGCCCUCGCCCUGGCCGGACCACCACCGGGCCCGCUCGGCCUCGGCGCUACCUGAUAGUCUGCUUGGCCUCGCGGCCAGGCCUCGGCCAGCGCUCUGGCUACCUCGGCCCCGCCACCACCCGGCCACGGCCUAGGCCACGGCCUCGGAUCUCCCCCAGCCAUGGGGGAGUGCCGGUCCGCCCUGGGCGAGGGGGACGGGGAGGAGGCCGUGUCCCUCCAGGCCCUGCAGGCCCAGAGCCCUCCCCGCGCCGCGCAGCCCCGCGCCGCCCCGCCGCGCGCGCAGCCCGCCAAACAACCUCGGCGGAACAACCGACCGCGCCGCCGCCAAGACGGCCCCGGGGCCCCCGGCCGCGCCCGCAGCGCCUCGGUCAAAGGGGUGUCCGAGGCGGCGCCUCGCCCUGGAGCGACCCUGGAGUCAACACACGGCCAGGACCCCGCUCACAAAGUCGUCCACGAUCCCGAGGACCUAUGCGUCGUCCCCUCCAGGCCCAGUGCAAAGAGCCGCUACGAGCUAUGCGUCGUACCCUGCCACCCCAACGGCAUGCUGCUGGAUCAGGUGGGCGUCGACUUCAUCGCCUUAGAAAACAGGGUGGCUGAACUGGAACGUCAGAUGCGGAUGGACUAUGAAGUUUUGCCCCCCGUCGUUCAAGACCUUAAGCAAGAGGUUACGAGAUUCCGUGCGAAACUUGAAAAGUCCGAACACCUCGGGUGGAUGGGUUACUACAAGGAACUGCCGCCCCCGGAGGACUGCAGGCGGCUCCAGUACCGGCGGCGCAGCCACGAGGAGCAGCGGCGGGUCCGUCAGCUCUUCCUGGAGAUCUGCGAUGUCACGCCGUCGGAGGAGAUCAAGGACGCGCUCAAGACGGCGCUGUUCGACUGCUCGCCGCUGUCCGACCCGGACAUCCUGGCGCUACUCGAGUGGAUGUACCACGACUUCGACCUGCUGCGCAAGUUCCACAUCGACACGCGCACCGUCCGGGCCUUCCUCUACGAGGUCUACAAAAACUACAACGAGGUGCCGUUUCAUAACUUCAGGCACGGCUUCUGCGUCACCCAGAUGAUGUACGCCAUGGCGAGCAGCGUGGACAUACCGUCUAAAGUGGGUGACCUGGAAACGCUGAUACUCAUCACGUCGUCCAUAUGCCACGACCUGGACCACCCCGGCUACAACAACAUCUACCAGAUAAACGCCCGGACCGAGCUGGCGCUCCGCUACAACGACAUCUCCCCCCUGGAGAACCACCACUGCUCCGUCGCCUUCCGCGUCCUGGAGCUGCAGGAGUGCAACAUCCUGGCCGCGCUCGCGCCCGACGUGUACCGGACCGUGCGCGAGGGCAUCAUCCGCUGCAUCCUGGCCACGGACAUGGCCCGCCACAACGAGAUCCUGGCGCAGUUCAAGGACAUCACCCCCGAGUUCGACUUCACCAACAAGUCGCACACGGACCUGGUGAGCGCAGCUUCCUCCAAUGUUUUCCCAGUGUACUGGGUCUUUGAUGAAAAGAAGGAGGACACUUUUUCAAUCAUUGUUUAUGACUCUCAGACUCCUAAUAUUGUUUAA